AUGGCGGCCGCCAGGGGCUUGUCCCUAACGGCGGCGGCCCUGCGAGCGGCCACCCCCUGGUGGAGGAGCAGGUUCUUCGCGGCGUUCGCCCGACCUCCGGUGCCUCGGGAAGCGUCGUCCUCCAGCCCCGAGGCUGGCGAAGGGCAGAUCCACCUCACCAACAGCUGCGUCCAGAGGCUCCUGGAAAUCACCCAAGGGGCAGAAUUCCUCAGGCUGGAGGUGGAGGGAGGUGGAUGCUCCGGAUUCCAGUACAGAUUUUCACUGGAUACAGUGAUCAACCCCGACGACAGGGUAUUUGAACAGGGUGGGGCACGAGUGGUGGUUGACUCUGAUAGCUUGGCCUUCGUGAAAGGGGCCCACGUGGACUUCUGCCAAGAGCUGAUCCGGAGCUCAUUUCAAGUGCUGAACAACCCUCAGGCGGAGAAAGGCUGCUCCUGUGGCUCCUCCUUCUCUGUCAAGCUUUGA